AUGUCUUUACGCUUUUUCUUUUUUGUUUUUAUUUUUUUUCCUAUAUAUAUAUAUAUAUAUAUAUAUAAUUACAAAAAAAAAAGAAAGAAAGAAAGAAACAACGACAUCUCUAUGUGCAAUAAAGUAUAGAUAUAUUGUAUUUUUUUUUUAUUGCAAUUAGACAGUUAACCAAAGAAGACAAUUGUCCUGUUAUCGUGUUAGCAUGUUUUUCAAAUAUCUUUUGAGAAUAGAAAAUAGAAAAUUUAUACGUGCACUGAGAAGCUCCAUUGAAGUUAUCUAUCAUUUUUAUAAAUUUUUUAAUAAUUUACAGAAUAUAAUAUAACACACACACACACAUAUAUAUAUAUAUAUAUAAUAUUGCAUAGUGUUUGAAUGAUUUUUAACAAUGAGCAACGGAUGUGAAAUUGCAUUAAAUAAAACUGGUUGGGGAGCAUGUCAUUAUUUUAUCGUUGGAUUAUGCGGAAUUUGUACAUUCGUAGAAGCUAUUGCCUCCGUUAUUGUUUUCGUAAUAUCACGUUUGAUAGUGUGCGAUUUAAAAUUGGAGAAGAAUGACAUCAUUGUAUUCAAUGCUACGCAAUCUUUCGGAAUGGCAAUUGGUUCCUUCUUGUUUGGAAGUUUAGCCGACAUUUGUGGACGUAAAGGAAUAAUUACUUUCACCAUGGUUCUUAUAUUUUCUUCAUCGAUAGCACUCUCCUUCGCUCAAACCGUAUUUUUGAUAAACUUAUUUAUAUUUUUAUUAGGUCUAGGAUUAGCUGGAAAUUAUAUAGUUUUGAGAGUCUAUCUUAUUGAAUGCCUGCCAAUUAAAAGGAGAGAGAUUUGUUUGACUAUAAUAGAUAUUGCUUGGAUCCUCGGUUAUCUGUCUGCUUUAGGUGUAUCUUGGUCAUUAGUUCCUUCUAUCAUACAAAUGCUUUAUAAAAAAUUCCGUCCAAGUUCCUGGCGAGUUCUUGCUGGUAUUGGUGGUGCACCAAGUUUGAUGAUAGCCUGUGCAGUUAGUUUAUUACCAGAAACACCAAGAUUUUUGUUAUAUCAACAACGUCAGGAAGAAGCGAUUACGGUUUUAAGGCAGAUGUAUGCUAUUAAUAAUUCAAAGCAUAUAGAAACUUAUCCGAACGUCGAUUUGAACACUUGCAUUGAGCAAGACGAAGAAACCGACGAUACAAAUAGUCUAUUUAAAAUGAUUUAUAGAUAUUGCAUGAAGACAUACGAACGAUUACAUAAAUUGUUUCGAUUGCCAUUUAGACGUAUCACAAUAUGCAGCUUAUUUUUAUGCUUCUUACAAUUUCCUGGAUUCAUCUGGCUUGCCCUUUGGGAUAGUCAUUUGUUACAAGAACUUGGAAAAGAAAUGAAGGAUAAGGAUAAAGGAAUUGAUUUUACGUGCAAUAUUAAUUUCUCAGAGAUAGCCGAGAGUCUCUUAUUAAGUUGUCAACAAAUUAAUCAUCAACGUUUCAUAUUUCUAUUAUGUAUUUCUUUUAGUUACUUAUUGGGAGAAAUUUUGCUUAUGAUAGGAAUACAAGUUGUUAGAAAAAAAUGGAUUUUAAUAUUAUCAUCAUUCAUAGGAGGCAUAGCGAUAUUCUGUAUAAUUUUUUUAUUUCAAUAUGCUAUGCAAAUUAUUUUCUCCAUAUUAUUUCUCGCAUCAUAUGCGAUUAAUAAUACGAUUGUUAAUAUUCUAAUAGCUGAAAAUUAUCCAACCUGUUUGAGGGGUACUGUUAUGGGAUUAACAAGAAUAUUACCACAUUUGGCAGCUACAAUGAUUAAAUUUGUUUCAAAUAUUUCAUGUGUACUUAGUAUAAUAGCAGCCUUUAUUAUUUUAAUAAGUACUGCUAUCGUCGUUAUACCAAUACCAGAUUUAAAUGGAAUACCGAUACAAGAACGAUCUAUUAUUCAAGAUAAUUCAUAA